GGGAGUUUUUAUGGAAAGACUCUGUCACGAUUAGUGGGAAGAAGAAGAAGCAGCAGCAAGACCGUCAAGCUUCCCAGACAAGAGCAGACGUCCGAGUCGGUUCGACCCUACACCAGCACCACCUUCGCCACCCACCGGCACCGACACCGAGUCACCGGGUCUGCACCCGGCCGCGCGGUACCGACGGACACCUCUGCUGCCUGCGCACACGCUCACUGAGCGAUUACAGAGGGAGAAAGAGAGAGAGCAGGAGAGAGAGAGAGAGCGAGAGAGAGAGAGAGAGAGAGAGAGAGCGCUCGUAGUUCUCCAUGACAUUGUGGAGACUCCCAGCGUGUACUGUAGAUGACUUUUUUCCCCUCCCAGCGGCGUCCUCUGCUAAAUUGCGCUCCUGGAUUUUAAGUGCGCGCUCGAGCGACUGUCUCUCGUCCAGUCAGUGCUGCGCUGUCCCGUCCGGACCCGGAGCCCGACCCCGACCCACCGGCGGACCUGCUCCUCGCUGCUCGUAACCUUCCUCCACGUUCGCCACAGACGGAUGCGUUUUCUGGCGUCUUAAAGUACAGAUGCUGGAAUCUUUGAGUUGAUUGGAACAAAUAGAAAACCGGAGAGAGUGAGAAAGAAAGAAGAGGAAGAGCAAAGAGAAAGAAGAGGAAAGAAAAGAGAGAAGCAAGCAUAAAGUUCGUUGGGAAGAGGAGAGAAAGAAAGCGACGGGGACGAUGGGGAGGAAAAAGAUUCAGAUCACGCGGAUUAUGGAUGAACGCAACAGACAGGUGACAUUUACAAAGCGAAAGUUUGGCCUAAUGAAGAAAGCCUAUGAGCUGAGUGUGCUGUGCGACUGCGAGAUCGCCCUGAUCAUCUUCAACAGCACCAACAAGCUGUUCCAGUACGCCAGCACAGACAUGGACAAGGUCCUGCUCAAAUACACCGAAUACAACGAGCCCCAUGAGAGUAGAACCAACUCGGACAUUGUGGAGACGUUGAGAAAGAAGGGCCUAAAUGGCUGUGACAGCCCCGACCCCGACGCAGACGACUCAGUCGGCCACAGCCCCGAGUCUGAGGACAAAUACAGGAAAAUAAACGAGGACAUAGAUCUGAUGAUCAGCAGACAGAGACUGUGUGCUUUGAGCAAGAAGGAGAACAAAGGUGGCGAGAGCCCGGAGCUUGAAUCCACUCUCAUCCUCACCCCGCGAACUGAGGAGAAAUACAAACAGAUUAAUGAGGAGUUUGAUCACAUGAUUAAAAGUCAUAAAAUUCCUCAGGCCAUGCCGCCGUCCAACUACGACAUGCCCGUGUCCAUUCCCGUCAGCAACCAGAACAAUCUCAUCUACAGCCAUCCCGGUGGCUCCCUUGGAAACCAUAACCUGUUACCGCUGACACACCAUGGACUACAGAGAAACAGCAUGUCACCUGGAGUUACUCACAGACCCCCCAGUGCAGGUAACACAGGUGGCCUCAUGGGUGCUGACCUUGCCACUGGCGCAGGCACCAGUGCUGGAAAUGGAUAUGGCAAUCACCGCAACUCCCCCGGUCUGCUGGUCUCUCAGGCCGGCAUGAACAAGAACAUGCAAGCAAAGUCACCCCCACCCAUGAAUUUAGGCAUGAACAACCGCAAACCCGACCUCCGUGUCCUCAUCCCGCAUGGCGCCAAGAACAACAUGCCCUCGAUUAACCAGAGAAUAAACAACUCCCAGUCUGCCCAGUCACUGGCCACCCCAGUUGUGUCAGUAGCAACUCCAACACUGCCAGGACAAGGCAUGGGUGGUUACCCAUCGGCCAUCUCCACUUCUUAUGGUACAGAGUAUUCCCUGAACAGUGCAGACUUGUCCUCACUGUCUGGCUUCAACAGCGGCAGCUCACUGCACCUGGGCUCAAUGAGCGGCUGGCAGCAGCAACACCUUCAGAACAUGCAGCAUUCAGCCCUCGGACAGCUCGGAAAUUGCUCUAGCUCUCACUUAUGUCAGGGUUCAAAUCUCUCCCUGCCCUCUGCUCAAAGCCUGCACAUCAAGUCCGAACCUGUUUCUCCUCCUAGAGAUCGCUCCAGCAGCACACCGGGGGGCUACGGUGGUGGUGGUGUAGUACCUCCCCAGAACCCCUCAUCCCGGCAGGACUCGGGACGCUCCCCGGUCGAUAGCCUGAGCAGUUGUAGCAGCUCCCACGAAGGCAGCGACCGCGACGAGCACAGGAACGAGUUCCACUCUCCUCUGGGACUGGCCCGGCCUGCCCUGGACGAGCGUGAGAGCCCCUCCAUCAAGCGGGUGCGCCUGUCCGAGGGCUGGGCCACAUGAUAGCGCGGCCCUCUCCCCAACAUAACCAACUCCCCCCCCUUAACAUCAUCAUCAACAACAGCCCUCUGUCAGUACCACAAUCAUCUGACAACCCCUCUCAAAAGUCUACAACCAGUUGUUUUUUUUUUUUGUUGUUUUUUUGCUGAGUGCGUGCUUGUGCUAUACAUAUGACAUCACAUAAACCGGUGGGCUCUUGUAGAUGUCAAUCAUGGGGUGGGGGGGGUCUUUUUAUUUGUUUUCAGUUGGGGAACUAUGCAUAAAUUGCAAUCGCAAAUGCAUAUAUCUUUACACAGGUGUACAUAUAUGCAUAUCGCCAAUAACAAUAGUCAGGUACUCUGUUUCAUACAAAUUACAAUUCACCACAGAGAAUCAUCAGUGACUAGAAAAGAAAAAAAAACAAAAAAAAGAGGAGCAUCAACAUGAGAUUGAGUGUGUGAGGAUAACACCUUAGCACUUGACAAACACGUGUGUGUACAGUGUCGCUUUCAUCGCUAUGUUCCGUCUCCCUUGCAAAAACAAGUGUGUGUUAACAUUAGAUGAUGUCAUGUUGCAGGUUCAACGUAUUUAUGUAAAUAGAGGUCGAAAGUGGGGUAAAGAAGUUGCCGGACAUUUCAAGAUUUAUUUACUCGCUAAAGGAAAAGCUAAUAUGCAACAUUUGAAGGACUGUACAGGUAAUCGGACCCCCAACAUGUUUGGAACUUUUGGUGUAUAAAAAGUGGGGUGAGGGAGGUGUGGAGUGAGGACCACCCUCUGAUUCAAGAGUCAGUGUAAUCAAGAAGCCUCUGGAUCUAGUAUUAACUAUCAGUAUUAUUAAAGGAAAAAAACAACAACAAAAAAACAAUUGUACGAUACACUUGCUUAUAUUUUCAUAUGAAAGGAAUACAAUGCAAAGCAUUUUUGUGGCUUUUUGUAGUUUCUAUAAGCCAGAAUGUGUUUUUGAUAGCUUUGCUAAUAAGAGAAGGAUAGUGCACCCCACCUUGUUUGGGGGAUGAACGGGCUUUGGAGCCCGAAGCCAUGAAACAGACUGAGAUCCAAUGCUUUGCUGAACUGUUCUAUCUUUGUAGAAGUUUGUUAUUAAACGUGUAUUUCUAAUUAUAUAUAAUAAUGGUAAUAUUAAGAAUCUUUAAAAAAAAAUCUGUGAAAUUAACAUGCUUGUGUAUAGCUUUCUAAUAUAUAAAUAUAUAUAAUAAUAAUUUUUUUGUUGUUGGUUUCUUAGUGGAGUUUUUUUAUGUGCGGUUGCACAUGUUGUUUGGUUUGUUUUCUUUGAGCCCUGAGCAGAGCUGGUGUAUUUCGUCCAACUUUUUGGGCUCUGACACAAGCAGUCAGUGCGGAAGCGAGGACUGGCGCCCAAUUACGUGUGACCCGAACAUGCAUUUGAUGUCUCACAUGCUUCAUUCUUAAGCUUAAUUAACUUAUUGAACAUGACCUUGGUUUCCCUUAUUCAGCUCUACACCUCAUCUUGUCAUGUCCAGACUUGAGCUGUACAAUUUCCCCCAUGAGCUAUUUAAGUAAUGAAAUUUUGCAAAUGGAUGUUGGGGAAUAAUCCCAUAUCAUCUGCAGACCUAAUUUGAUUCUGUAUCUCCUCACGUUAAAUUGUUUUCAAAUAAAACAUAACUCACUACAGUUUUGACAGCUACCUAAGGAACAUUUGAUCGUCAAUCGCUAUUUUCUGCUCGAUAGCUGUUUUGAUUACCCAAACUAGCCACUUAUCGCUGCCUCUGAGACCUGAAUCUGCUGUCAUUUAAGUGUUAUGAUAUUUCAAUGUGCAUAUUUCAUGCAGGUUCACUAUGUUGUUACUGUAUAGUCUGUGCAUUCAAACAGAGGCAGAGCCUCUAUAGCAGUGUUCUUCUCACUCUCUUCUUUUUUAAAUUCAAUACAAAAAGGUUGAGAGGGGAAAAUAAAAGAUGUUUGAGGCGUGUGAGUGGAAAAACCAAAGCCAGUGGCAUUUUUGUGUUAUAAAGUUAUUAUUUUCACAUUCAUUCAUGUUUUUAUUUUGCAAUCAUUGAAACGACAAUAAAAAAAAGUUCAAAUGUACAAUUUCUGUCACACUUCAAUUCCACUCAAGUCCAGUUUGACUGUGCGUCAAUGCCAAGCGCAUUUACCACUCUUCUUCAUUGGUUUUUGUGUGUGUUCUGCGAAGUGCAUGCAUAAAGAAGUCACAUGACAGUUAUCAGCAUCUAUUUAUAUUCACUCCCAUCUUGAGCUUUUGCCAGCAUGUCCCGGUGAUUAAUUAGUUGAAAAUUACCCAAAGACAUGAAGCAUAUUAUUAUUAUCUUUUUUUUUUUUUUUUUUUAAUGGUUGCAUUUAAUUUUAUUCAUCAUCUGUUGAUCAGUUGCUGUGUUGUCGUUGAGAUAAGAGAUUAAAAGUAAAUGCUGGUACCUCCAAAUGACCCAAGCAGUACUUCAGCUGAUGUAUUGUCAAGUCAGUUUGCAGUGCAAAAGGGAGAGCAUCUACCUGUACAGCCAUGUGUAAUAGCAUAUCAUCCCUCUGUUACGCCACGCUUUGUGGUUUAUUUAAAUCUUGAAGAAGAAAAAAAAAAGGGAUUUUGUUUCUGUUCAAUGCUUAAAUCGUCAGUCUGUAGUGUGAAAUGUAGCUUGUGUCCUCCCAGAGACUGGGGCAUCUUUGGAGAUGUUUUGUGCAGAAUAUGAGCGGCUUUCAGCGGCAUAAGCUGGCCUUUGUCGCCACUUGAGACUCCUGGUGAUGGUGUUCAAUGAAAGUCCACGUGUGUGGAACUCAAGGGACUGGACUGAGCUGUGUGCGGUGGGAUCGCCGAGGGGCUGAAACAUACAAGUCUCCUCUGUUGAGAGGCAGUUGAAUUGUUUGUACUUUGCAGAGAUUUCAGUAAACUUACUGGCUUUCUUAGUUAUCCUCA